AUGAAAACUUGGCAGGCUCAAGAAUGGCGGUGGCUCCCGACUGGUUAUCGAUGUAACACGUCGCGCGCAAUCAAGUGUGUAACCACAUCACCUCGGCGUCUCUUCCGCGCGCCAGUGAAUGAACCAUCGGCAGACCUCCUAGAACUAUAUAUUUGUCAAAACGAAGUACCUUAUGUUGAUCUCCGGCUGCAUAUAAUUUGUGAAGAUCGAGCGCUUCACGGCAUACGCCCGAGCGGCGGUAAAGAAACCCGCGCACUGAGGGUAUAUCAAUUUCGUCCGUCGCCACCAGAUGGCGUCCUCUCCUGCAUCAACUUAGGAGCAUCGAUCCAGCCAUCCCUAAUGUGCUAG